AGCUGCUGGUGGAGGACGAGGACGGAGUGCGGGUGUCGCCCAGCCCGUCCCCACGCCACAGCCUCUCGUCGGCGGGAUCGGGAGCCUCGCAGGGAAGCACACGAGGGCGAUGGAGGGAGCUCCAAAAAGCAAGAGCAAGGCGGCGUGGGCGGCGGCCUGGCCAAGCUGGCGCGGCUGCUCAUGCAAAAGGAGAAGGCUCCCGGCGAGCGGUCGCCCUCGGCCAGCAGCACGCUUCUGUCGCCGCCGGGACCCGCCUCAUCCACGUCGUCGGUGUUCGACCCAGCCACGGGUUUCCCGGGCGUGCCGUCGACGCCCCUGCGCCGAUCUGCCAGCAUCGACAGCCUGCUGGACGCGACGGCGGCAGCCGCGGCGGCGGCGGCCCACCAUCAGCACCAUCACCAUUCGUCGUGCCUGACCGCCAACGGACAGGCGGACGAGGCAUCGUUCCAGACCACGCCGACGUCUGGCCACACGCCCCGACCAGGGGCGCUGCCCAAUUCGCCCAGCGUCCCCAGUCGACUCGCCAAGGGUGUGCCAGGCCUGCGUCAGAGUAGUGUGGAACUGCUUCUCGACGGCUUCUCGUUGUCCAAGUCCGAGCGCAAGAAGCUCGAGAAACUCAACAAGUUCAACAUUGAUCUCCAGGCUCUGUUCGCCGCCGUCGAGCACCAUCACAUCGAACGGGCCCGCUCCAUUCUCGAGUCCAGCGACGUCGACGUCAACAGCGUGAACACGGACGGCUUCACGGCGCUCGACGUGGCCGUGCUGACGGGCGAGGCGUCGCUGGCCCGGCUGCUGCAGUCCCGUGGCGCCAGCGAGAGCCCCCGGUUCCCGACGCCCGAGGCCAGGGCCACCCAGCUGUCGGCGCUGCUGCGCGAGGCUCACCGCUGCGUCGACGACCUGGCCGGGUGCGUGGCCUCCGCGUCGGCCAACCAGGGAAGCCUGUCCAACGCACUGCUCAAGGAGAAGGAGCGCCAACUGAGCCUAUGGAAAAGGCGCCUGGAGCUCAUCUCGGAGAUGAAGGCCGGUUUCGACGAACUCCGGACUGUCACCGUGGCCUCUGCAGGGCCGCCGGAUCCGCCCAGCCGAGUGACCCUGGAAGUGGUGGGUACGCAGUCGCUUCGGGUGCGCAUUUCCGAGCCGCCGUUGGCCGCGGUGCAAGCCAGGGCCUUCGUCACCAAGUACAGAGUUGAAUGGUGCGAACGCGAGGACUUCGCCCUCGGCGUGGGCUCAAAGGAGCUGUCCGAUGUCCAGUUCCUGGAGUACGUCAUCCGGGACCUGGAGAAAGGCACGCCCUACUUCGUACGCGUGGCUGCCGGCAACGCCAAGGGCUUCAGCGCUUACCAAACCUCGUGGCCUCCCUGCGCCAGGCCAUCAAGUUGGCGCGACUUGGAGGACUGCUCGCCGCGGUGGACCGGCCGCAUCGACCGGCUCGACUCGCUCUUCCUGCAAGUGAUGGAGUCGCGGCCCCUACACGGAUGCUCCGAGCUGCAGAAGAUCAACCCGUCCGCAGGCAUGGGCUCUGCGACGUCCUUUGGAGGUUCCGGAGAGCUGUACGACGUCACGCCCAUGCAGCAGAGGCGGCAGAUGCGCAAGAGCAUUCGUCAGCUGUUUGCGGCGGCGCCCAAGUUCCAGCGCACGCUGAAGAGGGGCGUGUACCUGGCGUGCCUGUUCUACAACGAGGACCGCAUCCUGGUCACCACCGAGGAGACGCUACCUAUCCUGGAGGUGGACGACUGCUACCCGGCCUCCUUCCAGACGGACUUCCACUGGCUCAUGAAGGUUGCGUGCACGUGGGACGACGUGAAGACGCUCCGGCUGGACAUGGAGAAGAGUCACAGUUCGUCGAACGUGCACUUUCGCAGCAAGCUGCUGCAGACCGUCGAACAAAUGCAGUCUGCGCUGGGCGUGCAAGACCUGGGUCAGGUCUAUUACAAGCCGCUGCGAGACUACGAGGGCACGGCGGUCGUGUGCGUGGUCAAGUACGUGAGCGAGCCGAAGACGGUGAGCGCACUGUCGGUGCGCUGGAUACCCUUGGCCAAGAUCCAGCGACGCAUGCCCAGCGUCAGCGACGGCGGAGAGCUGCCAUCGGCCGCCGAGAUGCUGGUCUCUUCCAUACAGGAGAUGAUGACGUACAACCAGACGAGCAGCAAGCCCCUGCCGAGGGGACUCUACCUGGGAUACCUGAAGCUCAAGAGCUCCAUGGACCUUAUCAGCGUCCUAGUACCGUACCGAAACCCGAACGUCCUACCCCACUGCCGCAUCAGGGACAAUCCGCACGUCUCACGCGAGGAGUGGCAGUGGCUCAAGAGCCUCGGUGACCUGAGCCAGUCGCCGCCGUCCAGCGACGAGCUGCGGCCCGAGGGUGCUUCUUCAGUGGCGCCGGACGCUGGCAGCGAGUCGUCGUCCGAGCGCAGGCCGCAGCUGCAGCCCGACGAGUCGCAGCUGCGCUUCCAGCGGGCCGUCUCGGCGGCCGCCAGGAGCCUCUUCGCGCAGCUGGAGGUGCCGCCCGAGCUCUAUGACGCGCACAGGUUGUACGACGCCGAGGUGGUGGAGUUGGCGGAAGGGGUGAGCUUCCUGCUGGUGCUUCCGGCAGUGGAGAGCGUGUGCUCCGUGCCAGGCCAGCGGGACGAACUCACCUCGCGCGCCGACUGCCUCGCCCUGCCGGUGCAGGUGUUCGAGGUGGUGCACCUGGGCACUUACCAGGCGCCCCUGAUCGCCCGAUACGCGCGCGUCUCCGCCAUGCUUGAGACGGACACAGUGCUCGCCCAGCAUGCCAACAGAGAGGCCUUCUCGGCGCCCGAAGUGGCUGCAGCUCGGAGCCGGCUCACGCAGUUGCAGGACUUCCAGGCGCAGCUGGAACAGACAUGGCGCGGCAUGCGCUGGAUCAUGGACGCCCUCUCGUUCGCGCGCGACCGCUCACUCAACGGUGGCCUUCCUAUGAGCGCCGUGUGGACGACGCCCGGCUCGACGGCGCCUUCUCCCACAUCGUCGAGCCCGACACGCCGGCGCCAGACGCAGCCGUCCAUCGUGCCUCCUUCCACGGUGUCCGCGCAGGCGCGCCGGGUCUCCCGCGUCGACGACCUCAUCGACGCCAAGCUCUUCCUCACGGUGGGCGGUGUCAACGCCUCGGGAGCGCCAGGAGGUGCGUCCGUGGAGAUCAGACGCUGCGCGUCCGCAUCCAGGUUGGCGCUGGAGAGGCCGCAGGAUGACAUGGACGACAUCGAGGAGACAUCGUCGACCGAAGGGCGCGACGGUCCCACCGGCAACGUGUCGUUUGACAUUAACGACGAUGACGAAUAUGACGAGGAGAGCGCGGAAGACACCCUGACGUCUGCAGCGGCAUUGGCACCCAGUGUCCUUAGGGUGUACGCCGCGUACGAGUCGGGUCUACCGCCUGGCACUAGCAUCAAGCUUCACGUCACGCCCGAGACGACAGCCCGGGAAGUGGUCGAGCUUGUUGUGAGGCAGCUCAACACUGCCGUGGUCGCCAAAGGGAGGACGGGCCCGCUGUACGGUGACGAGAGGCUUGCAGACUUCUGCCUCGUCGCUGUCGUGGGUUCACGCGAGCGCUGUCUGAGCGCGGAUUUCCAGCCGCUGAGCCUGCAGAAUCCUUGGACGAAGGGCAGGUUGUUUGUGAGGUUACGGAACUCGGAAGAAACGUAGUGCACCUGCUUGAUGGACCUUGCAGCGACAGUGGGGGCAAAUGAAGUGUGUUCGUGUGGCCGUCACCUCUCGACUACCAAGAGGCAAGGACGUGGUUCCCACAAGGCCAGCUUCUCAGAUGUGACAUUGCUGGCAGCUAAUGUUUGCCUGUGACAGUCACUUGGCUGAACUGUAGCACCACAUGUGCACAAACUGUGAGGACAUUACACAAGGCUGUAGUGAAAAACAGUGAUGACUGCGAAGUGUGUUGGUGCCACAGCAGAAGAUUGGUGUCAGUGUAUGUCCAGACUGAAGAGCUCGGCAGCACGGCUUUCUGUUGUAGAGGACACAAUGCAUUUCAGAAGGCUUAAAUUCAAGCCAAGCACUUGUGCGGGGAGUUGUGAAGUUCACAAAGGCGACUCCUCGUUUCGUGGGUUUAUGAUGUAGCUCCAAGUCAAAGAAAGCCAGCAUGUAUCUGAGCAUACCCAUGGACGAUGGAAAGUUCAGUGUCACAUUGGUGGAUAUUUUGGGAAGUGUGGUUUGAGUUGUCGCUCCUAAUUUAUUUCAAAGUAUGUACGGAUCCUCAGUGGUGCUGGGCGCCAUCUUGUUUUCCUCUAAUUUAUUUUGAUUGUUGUCAUUCUGUGCUUGUUGUAAGCGUCAUUGUUGUAUCCCUUUCUGGUGUGAGACAGGCUGCCACAAAGGAGAGGCUAUGACAAAUGAGUUCAUGUGAUAGAAGUUUGUUCAUUGUUCUGGAAAAUUUUGUGUGCCCUCAGAAUUAGAUUUUAGGUCAAAGAUAAAACAGUGAGCUUUAGAUAAUGAAACACACUUGACAUGGCAGACUCUGUGGCUGGGACAGCGGCUUGAGCUCGGGUUUGGCUUUGAAAGUUUUCCUUUCUCUUCUAUCUUGCACAGGUCAGUAGCUAUAGCCAGUAACAUAGAACCUGGGUAAUAUUAAGCAGGGAGCAAAGCAAAGCGCAACACAAGCAGUGCAGAGUUAGUGAGACACGAAUAUAUAUCUCACAGUGUGAAAGUAUAAGACCUGCAGAGAACACUAUAGAGGUGCCUUAGUCUAAGUACUGUGCAUGGCUUCAAGAAUAUCACAAGGCCAAUUCAAAGUGCUGCUGUACCAUUGCCUGAAAGUGUCUACAUUGUUUCACUAUGGCAGUAUUACCUUUGUAAUAAUUUUCAUAGCUACAUAACCUUGAAUGAAAUUAUCUGAGAUAACAUUAAAGAUAUGGCUCAGAAUAAAAAUGUUAUUGCCUGUGCCACUUCACAGUUGCUUUACCACUUCAUUGUUGCUACAACUUUUCCAUUAAACUCAAAAUGAAGUUCAUGUAGGCUUGGCUUCUCAAGCAGCUAUGAAGCUACAAAUUUUCAACGCUAAUGUGAAACAUGGUGCAACUCGAAGUGCGUAAACUGGCACCCAGAAAGUUGGAAUAUUUAAAUUCACUGUUCUGCUUUACGACUAAUGGGAGCUUAUAGAAGAUUAUUGCAUUACCUGUGAAAGGCUGCAGUAGCAAACCUAUUGCAUACAGUAUGUAAUUGUAAUUGCUCAGUGCCUCCAGUGCAUGAAGCUGUUUUAAGUGAUGUAAACAAAAUAGCCAUGGAAAUAAUUGUCACAAGAGCAAAGAAAAGUUAUUCUUGUGCUAGAAAGCUCUAAAAAUAGCCGGCAUGUCAGCAAACAAUACUGAGGUAGCUUCGGCUGUCUGGGCUAGUGCAAAUUUGAUCAAGGGCCCAUUUUCUCUGCAAGUGUUUGUACUGGACCAUGCGGUGUGGAAAUGAGUGGUAUACCAAACCAAUGCUAGCAGCCCCAGCAAAAUUUUCAUGCCAUGCUAUUGGUGGGAGGAGCUGUUGCAGAGAGAGUAUACACUUGUUACUGCAUCUGCUUUGAAUUGCGGAUCUAAAGCUAUGUGUGAUAAUUUUAGAGGUGGCAGCAGCACUCCAAAAGGCAUACUAAAGAGAAAUAUCAAAGUUAUGCUGGCAGAUUAUGUCGGCCUGAUUAUGAUCUAAAGCUUUUCCAAGUCAGGAAAAAUUAUAAAACAAAAGUGUGUCAAAACUACCUUGAGUAAAGUAGCUUGGUAGGGCCAUUGGUAGAUGUCAGCUCAAGCGGAAUCCAGUAAAACAAAAGACAGUAUGAAGAGAAGUAACCGAGACAGGCAUUGAAAUGCAACUGUAUGUUGAAUUCCCACACUUCUUUGCCAUAGUGAAAAAAAUGUUUAUAGUGGCUGCUGGAAGCUGUUAAACUGCUUGUUGAUAAAAAAGGAUUACACUGCAUUUAAAAGUAAUGAAGGGCUCGGCCUGGAGAAAUGUUUACACAUUUUUUCACAUGUAUGGCAAAUGAACCAUGAGGAGAAAUUUAAAUAUGAACAGAAAAAAACCUUCUUGGAACACCUUUUUCAUAUAUUUGCAUUGGAAUGUGAAGUGUAAGAACUCUGUAUCUGGAUUUUAAGUUUUGCAUAGUCCGAAAUGUAGGUUUUGGAGCAUUCAUUAGCUCACCAUUACAAGUGCAGGAAAACAUACAAACAUGAGUAUGUGUUUCAAUCAUUUUUGACUUGUUCAUAUUUGAAUGUAUGCUGGUAGUACAUCAAAACAUUGAAAUUUUUGACAACACAUUACUGAGGCCACAAUUUGGGGGCAGAAUUAAAAACUGCAAAUCUAAAACUCGAUUUUCUUUGCUUAUAUAUAAAUUCAUCUAUUGCUGCAGACAGAAAAUUCUUGGCAAGAGUGCUGCAAAUGUCGUUACUAUCUCACUGAACUAUUGUGCACUAAGCUGGGAGCCAUUCUGGCCACAAAGAAAGGGACCCAAAUACCGACCAAGCACAAUGUUGCUUAGCUUGACUGAUUCGACUAUAACCGACGUGUGCAGCGAGACAUGGCCAAUACCCACCAAAGAGAUGCAAGCAAAGUCCUGAAAAUAUGCUCUACCAGCCUAAUUUCUUCUCUUUAGUAUCCCUACAGAUUGUUGUAAGCCACACUUCAGCAUAGUCGGUCCAGAUGUGAGGAGCUGGACAAAAAUAGAGCAGGCGGACGAGUGUAAAUGUGGCAGCCAUAGUCAAAGUGUGUCUUGUGAUAUGAUGUCUGUUUCCUAGGCUGCGGUACUCGUGUUUCUGUGCCCACAGUUGUACAUUUUCUCUCUUCAUAGAUUCCCGAAGCAAGGCACCCUGCUUCAUGCACUUUCCAAUGUUUGGUGUUUAGAAGCGAAUCACUGUUGUAUGUUAUUGGCUUUGUGUUCUUCCCUCGCUGGUACCAACUACGAUCUAAGAAAAAAAAGAUAAAAUUGUGUGCAGAUAUAUGAUAAACUGGAUCAGGUAACAGCUGUUGCAAGCAACUUAGUUGCAGCUGGAUGUGAUGCAUCUCAUAAAGUGCACAUGAAAAGGGUCUAGAAUCUUAUUACGUGACUUUUCCAAGAGAUUGUGCUGCAUGCUGAGUGAUGCAUAAUUCUAUCAAACCAUGCUGCAACUGCUAAAAGAAAGAACAAUUUUAUGCUAGCAAUGUACAUUGCAUGCAGCUAAUAAAGUAUCGCGGUUAGUUGCCAAUGAACGAGAUGUCUGAUUCCCAGUUUGUUUUAAAUAAAACAUAACAAAAGCUUUAUUAGUGGUAAGGUCAUGAGCAAUGCAUCACUUCAUAUAAACCUUGUCUACAGCAGUCCUUUUUGCAGGACAGUGCUUAAACCUAAAAUGACAUUUUCCAGUGGGCCGACAGGAGCACUGAAUAGUAAUGAAGUACUAAUGUAACGGCUCGGAGGUCUGGGCCAAGCCCUCAUGAGAAUAGUACAAGCAGUUCUGCAUGCUCCCAUUCAACCACUGGAAAUCCACUUUGAGUGGGAAGUACGAGUGACCAGUUGCAGAGUUCAUUAUGCUAAUCCAUCCAAACCAUAGAUUGCUUUCUUAACACCGCUUCAAUACGAAAGUGCAGUUCUAGACCCAAUGCAUUAGGGAAACAACAGCAAUGUUAGUUUCUUUGGCAUAUUACAGUUCGGGUUAUUGCAGUCACUGCUGGAGAAAACGCACAACCAUUGUUUUAGCUUGAGAGGCCAGCAUUUGAAAGUUCUAAGGCUAAAAAUAAAUUGUUACAGUACAUCAAAUUUCGAAUACUCAUGCCUAGAAAACUGAAAACCCUGAAUUUCGUGACCAGCUGCAGCAAACAGCGACUCUCUAGGUGCAUGUCGGUCCUUGUGCAAUGUUAUAUAUAUUCUUGUUGCAUCUGUUUGUGUUGAUGAAAUAUGUUCCAAUACUGUUGAAAGCACAACAUGUAUAUAAAUGUUCUGUUCUUUUGCAUACA